UCUGGGCACUGAUCAGCUUCACAUGGUCAUUUCAGUCAUUCGCUCUUCCUCGUGUCACAGCUGUGUAUGUGUUUGGAUCAGUCGGUGUUGUGUUACUGAACUCUGUUGCUCUGAUGACUGAACUGAUCCUCAAAACAGUUAAUGGUGAAGGAGCGACGGGAGACAUGAGGAUCAUCGUCUUCUCCUCUGAAUUACUCUUCACUUUAAUUCUGAUGAUUUUACUGGUAUUUGAACCCUGGAUCACACCAUGUCUUCAGUCUUGUACGAAAGCAAUGAAGUCUGGUCGAGCUGCAGCUGCUGGAUCACAGAAUCAGGAAUCUCAGAACGCAGGAGCAGAUUCAGCCACUGGAUCAAACCAGAACCAGAACCGGAACGAAAACCAGAACCAGAACCAGAACCCAGCAGUAUCACUUGAGAUGGAUCCUCUUCUGAACACACAACACCAGGAGAACAGCAGGAGCACCGGGACGGAGGAAGCUCAGCCGGAUUCAGUGGUUUCACAAUCAUAAUCAACAG